CAACCGGGAGACUCUUCAAUAAUGCUAUGAAGGGAGGAAUAGAUGAUGAAACCUCUCUCUCUGCUUAUGUAACAAUGGCUUUGCUGGAAGCUGGGGUAUCUGUACAGGACCCAGUGGUGGCAGAUGCUUUAUCCUGCCUGAGGAAGGCUGCCAAAGAUGUGAGCAGUGUGUACACCCAGGCUCUGCUGGCCUACACUUUCACUCUGAGUAACGAUACUGAACUCAGGGAGAUGCUGCUGGCUAAACUGGAGGAGAAGGCUGUAAUGAAUGAAGGACAGUUACACUGGGAGAGGAAACCUGCCACAGUGCCCUCUGCCCUCCCAUACUGGUACCGCGCUCCCUCAGCCGAGGUGGAGUUAACCUCCUAUGUGCUGUGGCCCUUCUCUCUGGCCCCAACAAGGACCUGGGCAAAGCUUCUGAGAUAGUCAACUGGGUGAGCAAGCAGCAAAUCCUUAUGGGGGGUUCUCUUCUACUCAGGACACGGUUGUAGCUCUACAGGCUCUUGCUGAGUAUGCCGAGGCCACAUUCUCUGACAAGGGAGAUGUCACAGUCACAGUCACUUCCAAG